CGCGCAGCGUGCUGUCGUUGGCCGGGCGGCGGGAGGAGCAGGAGAGAGCGGUGAUGCCGACCAGCAGGGACAGCGUGAUGUCGUGCCCGGUCGACCACCAGCACCAGGUCCGCAUCAAAGCCUACUACAAAGGGGAUAUCAUGAUCACCCACUUUGAACCUGCCAUCACAUAUGAAAAUCUUUGCACUGAAGUUCGUGACAUGUGCUGCUUUGAUAAUGAACAGCUCUUUACAAUGAAGUGGAUCGAUGAAGAAGGCGAUCCUUGCACUGUCUCAUCCCAGCUAGAACUGGAGGAAGCCUUUCGCCUCUACGAGCUGAAUAAAGACUCUGAACUGAUCAUUCAUGUGUUCCCCUGUAUCCCAGAACGGCCAGGCAUGCCUUGUCCUGGGGAAGAUAAAUCUAUAUACAGGCGAGGGGCUCGGCGCUGGAGAAAACUGUAUUGUGUAAAUGGACAUACUUUCCAAGCCAAAAGAUUCAACAGACGAGCACAUUGUGCGUUUUGUACCGAUCGGAUCUGGGGCCUUGGUCGCCAGGGGUAUAAAUGCAUCAACUGUAAGCUUCUGGUCCAUAAGAAAUGUCACAAACUGGUCACAAUUGAAUGCGGACGUCAUGCACUCAUCUCACAUCCUCACCAUUAUCCCUGGGGAAGCGGUGAUCAGGAUCAUAUGAUGAUUCCAAGUGCAGAGAAUGCGGAAAACAUUGCACCAGUUAUUCCGUACAAAUCUUCCAGCCAAGAAAACCUGGAGCAUGUAGGCGAGGAGAAAGAGGCCAUGAGCAGCAGGGAAAGUGGGAAAGCUCCCUCCAGUUUAGGUGUUCCCGAUUUUGACCUAAUUCGUGUGAUCGGAAGAGGCAGCUACGCCAAGGUUCUCCUUGUCCGACUGAAAAAGACAGAACGCAUUUAUGCCAUGAAGGUUGUGAAAAAGGAAUUGGUUAAUGAUGAUGAGGAUAUAGACUGGGUGCAGACAGAAAAGCAUGUAUUUGAGCAGGCAUCAAAUCACCCCUUUCUUGUGGGACUACAUUCGUGUUUCCAGACAGAGAGCAGGUUGUUUUUUGUCAUAGAAUAUGUGAACGGUGGAGAUCUGAUGUUUCAUAUGCAGCGGCAACGGAAGCUUCCAGAAGAGCAUGCCAGGUUUUACUCUUCAGAGAUCAGUCUGGCGUUAAACUACCUUCAUGAACAUGGGAUAAUUUACAGGGAUUUGAAACUUGACAAUGUUCUGCUGGAUUCUGAAGGGCAUAUUAAACUCACAGACUAUGGAAUGUGUAAGGAAGGCUUGAGGCCUGGCGAUACAACCAGCACAUUCUGUGGGACGCCCAAUUACAUUGCGCCAGAGAUUCUGCGUGGCGAGGAUUAUGGUUUCAGCGUGGACUGGUGGGCACUGGGAGUGUUGAUGUUCGAAAUGAUGGCUGGCCGAUCGCCGUUUGAUAUUGUGGGGAGCUCGGAUAACCCAGAUCAGAACACGGAGGACUACCUCUUCCAAGUCAUUUUGGAAAAACAGAUACGUAUUCCACGCUCCCUCUCUGUCAAAGCUGCAAGUGUAUUGAAGGGAUUUCUUAAUAAGGAUCCAGCAGAGCGACUUGGAUGUCACCCACAGACGGGAUUCGCUGAUAUCCAGGGGAAUCCUUUCUUCCGCAACGUAGACUGGGACUUGAUGGAACAGAGACAGAUCAUCCCACCUUUCAAGCCACAUAUUUCUGGUGAAUUUGGACUUGACAACUUUGACUCCCAGUUCACCAAUGAACCUGUUCAGCUAACUCCAGACGAUGAGGACGCUGUAAAGAAGAUCGACCAGUCAGAAUUUGAAGGCUUCGAAUACAUCAACCCGCUCCUGAUGUCGGCUGAAGAAUGUGUCUGAGUGGCUGACGUCCGCGCGCUAUUGGACCUGUGCCUCCAACCCUUGCAUGUGGAAGAGUUGAAAACAACAAAUGCCUUGCUUCAAUCGCCAAAGCCUUUCCACUCUGCAGCUGACCGUCUGAGAAUGCUCAACCCAAUUCUUGCCCUAAAAAAAGGGGGGAUGAGUGCCUAUAAUUAUCUCACCCUGCAUAACUGUAAGAUGCAGCUUAACUUUCCGAGAACUUGCCCUCUGCAGUUGAGAGACAACCUCUCUUCCCCCCCCCCACCGCCCCCAAAUAAGUCCUAUUGACACUAAAUAGGUGGAUAGUUUUACGUGUGAAGAGCAAGUGCUGUCUUAACAUACCUAAGAAUGAUAGGGUUUUUUAAACCAUGGAGAGAGGUUUGGGUGGAAAGUUGACUAUCCUCAUGGUGUUACAGUAAACCUUGUGUCCGUGAUCUAAAGGCAUUGCUUUCUUUCCUCCUCCUCCCCCCCCCCCCCCCCCCCCCAACAUCUCCAUCAGCCUGCUGCUGGUGGUAUUGCUCAGGGAGAUGGCAGCUGUGGCUAUGGCUAAAACGCUCCUGCAGGUUCAACAUUGCUCUUAUUUGCUGAAAAAAUGCGUCUGAAGCUGGGAUGAGUAUAGCAUUUCGAGCAUCUUGUACCUACUGGCUUGAUGCCAGCAAGGAAAUGUACAGAAAUACAUUUGUCGAAUAGCUUACAGCAUUUAUUUAGUUAAUUGUUAGGUUAUAAGUUAUCAUGUUUUUUGGGGGGGAACCACAUAAAUGAAAACCAUAAAAGAAAAGUGCACAAAUAUACUGUGACUCUACGUGUCUGCACUGCUGUGAAAUAUGUCUUUUUUUAUUUUUACAAAUAUACAAGGAUGAAAUUGUAAUUCUACACCAUAGUGCAUCGAUUGAGAUUGUCAAUCCUGCCACUUUGAAACCAAGUCUCUGGGAUUAUGAGCUGGUUAACAGACAAUUGGGGGUUGGGGAUUGCUUUAUUAUACUGAAGUGGCUAAAAUGGCCCAUCAUUCAUUGUAGUAUCUUGAGCUGAUAUCUCGAACACCACACAUCUUUUUUAGGAGCUGUUACUGUCAUGUUUAAUUGCCCAAAAAACAAACGUACGUGUUCUCAUCCACUGGAUGGAGACUUAAAUCGACAUUUAAAUAUUAUUCACGCACAGUUGACAUUGUAUACAUUUGAAUUUUUGCCUUCUCUUGCCUCAUUAAAGAGUCAAAUUUAGCUUCGUCCAAUAAACAAGGCAUGUCUCCUGAGCAAAGAUUCUGAUAACUAGCAACUUUAUUUGACCAUUCCCCAUCUUUCAGAUUUAACCUGUUUUGUGCAAAAUGAAAGUUUCCUAUCUCAUAAGAAAGCUGUUACAUUUGAUAAAUUGUUAUUAAUAUAUUGAAGAUGCAUCCUGUUACAUUUUCUGAGCUUUAUUCCACAACUCUGCAGUUAAUUGAACAGAUUUAGUAUAGUUGUGGUGUUGCAGAAAACUGUUGCGUUUUCAUUUAUCCAACAAUAUUUUAAUUCUUUCUGUGGUGCGUCUGGUUUUGAUUUUGUUUUUCAAAAAAUCGUGAUGAAUUUGUAAAAGAAAUUAUACAUCUGUUCCUCUUCUACAGAUUUGCAGUAUUUGUUAAAUUAUACGGUGGUGUUGACUUCUGUUUUGUCUUCAGUUUGCAAGGGUUACAUUCAAUAUUUGUUGUUAAUUGGUGGCACUCCUUCUGAUAGAGGACACCCCUCAAAAGCAUUUAAAAUGGAGGUCCAUUGCCUCCCCGUGUCUCUUGUUAAUCUGCUUUGAAACCUGCUUUUAGUCUGGCUAGAAUUACAUGUUGGAAUACGGACCAUUCCCGACAUAGAAAAAAUGAUUUAUCGUGAAGACAAGAGACUGCGGAUGCUGCCACCUGGAGCAAAAAACAAACUGCUAGAAGGACUUUGGGUCAGACAGCAUCACGGUGGUGCAGCGGUAGAGCUGCUGCCUUACAGCAUCAAAGACCCGGAUUCGAUCCUGACUAUGGGUGCUGUUUGUACAGAGUUUGUACGUUCUCCCUGUAACUGCGUGGGUUUUUACCGGGUGCUCCAGCUUCCUCCCACACUCCAAAGGCAUACAGGUUUGUGGGUUCAUUGGCUUCAGUAAAUUUAUAAAUUGUCCCUAGUGUGUAGGAUUGUGUUAACUUACGGGGUGAUCGCUGGUCGGCAUGGACUCAGUGUGCCGAAGGGCCCAACCCGAAACGGCGACUGUCUAUUUCCAUGUUCAGAUGAUGCCUGACCCAUUGAUGUCCUCUUGCAAUUUGUUCUUUGCAACUGAUUUAUAGUGAUGAACCAAAAUUACUUUCUGUUUCUUGAGAUUCAGGAAAUGUGAAUAACAUUUUGGGAAAUGUGUUCCAUUAUUCCAUCCUUUUUUCUGUUAACAUGAAACAAAAACUGUCCCAUUACAGCUAAUGAAACAUGUUAGGAUUUUGGGAUUUCAUUUUGUAUUUUCCUUUCUUUUAUAAUAAACUGGAUUUGUUUUUGAUGGCAGUAAAGAUCUGUGAUAAUUAAUGUAAAAAACUGCUUUUAAUGCGCAGUUCUCCAGUCCAGGCAUUUAAUCGGUGCAAAUGGCCAACUUUCCAGAUUGUUACUCUUCAGCAAGCCACAGAGCCUCUUGUAACUGCUGUUUAGUGAUCUCCACCCUUUGUGGGUGCCGUGGUAACACUCACAGUAUUUUCUGUUUAUUGCAGAAGUUGUCUGGCAUUAGGACUUGCACUGUCGUUGAACUUCCUGUUGUCAAACCAAGUGUCUUAACAAAGUAUGGUGUUGCUGUGCAAGAUGAGAAUUUUUGGAUUCCUUAACUCUUUCCCCAGCCUGUUGCUCAAGAUACCAAUGUGUACUUUAGUCACCUGUGGCAGAAUGGGGUGGCAGAGUGGUGCAGCCGUAGAAUUGCUGCCUUACAUUGCCAGAGGCCCGACUUAGAACUAUACUAUGGGUGCUGUCUGUACAUUCUCCCUGUGACCGAGUGGGUUUUCUGCGGAAGCUCUGGUUUCCAUCCACACUCCAGAGACAUACAGGUUUGUAGUUUAAUUGGCCUUGGUAAAGCUUGUCUCUAGUGUGUAGGAUAGUGCUACUGUACAGGGUGAUCGCUGGUCGGCACGUACUCGGUGAGCUGAAGGGCAUGUUUCGGUCCUGUAUCUAUAAAGUAAAGGAUGCGAUGUGUGUUGAAGGCCUGUCAUUGCCAAGACGUAAGCCAGCACUCUUGUAUGAAUUUGGCCUGGUCACUCGAAUACUUAUUUCCUCAGGAUGCUUAAAACUCAUCAUCUUGUCUGAAUUAAUUGACCUUUCAGUAACGUUCAUUGCCAAGGGAGUGCACAUUUAAUUCUUGGACUCCAUUUCUUAAAAAAAUACCAGCUACCUGGGCACCAGGAGGGGGGUGAGACUUGACCACGGGUCAGAACAAUAAGACCCAGAAGCUGCCGAACAGGUUUGCAGGAGAAUUCCUAAAUAAUAAUUUAAUUGUGUACACGUGUCAAAAGUAAAAGUGAGUUUGGUUGUUAAAAAAUUCAAUAAUCUUAAACUUCAAAUACAAUUGUUAGUAAAACAAAAUAGUGUAGGGUUUAAAAUGGUAUAUAGACAUUAAAAUAUUUAACUUUUCCCUGUAUUGUCCUUGCCUUUCCCCUUAGAAGAUUGAGUUGAGGUGGAAAUUUGGUCUUGUAGAAUAUUUGAUGAAAAUAUUGAAUCUGGUUGAUAUUUUCACAUAGUGUUGCCACUAUUCCCUGCAUUUAGAAAUGGGGAGCUUUGUGACACUGCAGGUUAUCCUAUGUGUUUGAUAACCACAUGACAUCAGUUCUUUUCAACAGGGCAAAUAUCCCUUUAACUGGCUUGAGCAGUGAUCUUAGAAGAAAAUUUACCUCUAAUUGGGGGGAAAUGCCUUUAUAGUCAAAAGCACAGUACGACAAUACAAAUUUUCAGUGCCAAUGCUCCUGUUACAUUAGGAAGAUGAGUUUUAUUUUAUUGCGAGUUGUUAAAGGUCGAACAUGGAUAUAAAGUGCUUGAGUAACUCAGCAGGGCAAGCAGCAUCUCUGGAAAAUGUGGAUUGGUGAUGAUUGGGUUGAGACCCUUCUUCAAACCAGUCUGACCGAAACAUCUUAAAUUCAUGUUCUCCCGAGAGCUGCCCGACCCGCUGAGUUACUCCAGCAUUUUUGCCUCUUUUGUAAACCAGCAUCUGCUGUUCAUCAUUUCCGCUGUUAUUCCUAGAACCAUGGUCAAUUAUUGCAUUUUGUGGAAUAACUGCAUAAACGAGCCUUUUUCUGUCUCUAUUCCAUCUCCUGUAUUUCCACAGAUUUACUUAACCGUCAGUAUACAUAGUAUUGAAGUUCCUUCAUCCCUUUCGCUUUCACUGAACUGCUUUCACAUGAUCCACCAUAGCAAUGUCUCAUUCCCAGCUAAACGCUUUAAGCAGGUGAUGGUAGAUGCUGGAGUGUCACCAUUGUCGGGUUGCCUAUUUCAGUGAAAUUAUAGGGUCUGGUAGACGUGCGCCGCAGUGGAGGUGUAAAACUCCAGGGAACUACAAGAUAUUGUUGUUGGGAGUAGAGGUAAAUUGUAAAUUCUGACUGUUUAUCCCAUUCAGGGUUGGACCGACUGCAGUUUUUGAGCUUGGGCCCUGUGAGCAUGGGCUUUGUGCACGACACAAACAACAUAAGCUGAUUUGAUCUGAAAUGCUCCAAGAUUAUUGAAUUUAAGUCAUCUAGAGUUUUGUCACUUAGUAUUGGGACUUGUAUUGGCAUUGAAUUAAUUUGUGAUCAACAGUUUAUUUGCAAAAGUAUUCCCUCACACAAGCAAGGUCAGCCACUCUGAUGCAUAUCCUCUCUCAGCAUCUUAUUUAACUUUGAAUAGUUGAAUUGUUUGAUAAAUAAUUCUUUAGAGUGAUAAUUAUUCUGAAUGUUGUCAUUAAUUUCCACUAUCUGUCCUCUACUGAACCUUUAAGAUUAACUUGGAAGUAAUCCGAAUUAAUUGUAUUUAAUAUUUCAUUUGCUUUGAUGUGCUGAGCAGCCUUGGUGAUAGUGUGGAAGGUUCCUCAAGAUAUUGGGGGUUUAAUGGGACAGUUGAAAUGUUGAUGUCUUUUGAUGUAAUCUGUGUGUGCCAAACUGCUGUUAUCGAUUGUUUUGGGUUUGUCUUCAGAAAUGGGUUGGAAUUUUUUUGUUGCUUUUGUUUAGAAAAUAGAAACAUAGAAAUUAGGUGCAGGAGUAGGCCAUUCGGCCCUUCGAGCCUGCACUGCCAUUCAAUAUGAUCAUGGCUGAUCAUCCAACUCAGUAUCCCGUACCUGCCUUCUCUCCAUACCCCCUGAUCCCCUUAGCCACAAGGGCCACAUCUAACUCCCUCUUAAAUAUAGCCAAUGAACUGGCCUCAACCACCCUCUGUGGCAGAGAGUUCCAGAGAUUCACCACUCUGUGUGAAAAAAGUUCUUCUCAUCUCAGUUUUAAAGGAUUUCCCCCUUAUCCUUAAGCUGUGACCCCUUGUCCUGGACCUCCCCAACAUCGGGAACAAUCUUCCUGCAUCUAGCCUGUCCAACCUCUUAAGAAUUUUGUAAGUUUCUAUAAGAGGGUUCUUUAAUGGGAUUUGAUUGAAUUCUGCAUUGAUUUCUAAAAUCUACACCAGGACGGCACGGUGGCACAGCGGUAGAGUUGCUGCCUUGCAUCGUCAGAGACCCGGGUUCGAUCCUGACUAUGGGUGCUGUCUGUGCAGAGUUUUCACAUUCUCCCUGUGACCGCGUGAGUUUCCUCUGGGUGCUCCAAUAUCCUCCCACACUCCAAAGACGUACAGGUUUAGGUUUAUUAACUAGGAAGCACGUACUUGCAACCCUGUGCAGUGCCAGAACAAGAGAUCAAAAGUGUAUGCAGGCUAAUUGUGCUGAAUAUACCUGGAGCUGCAGCUGUUGGUUUACUAAGAGAGAAAGUACUGCAGUAACUCAGCGGAUCAGGCAGCAUCUCAAGAAAGGUCCUGACCCGAAACCUAUCCAUGGUCUCCAGAGACGCUGACCCGCUGAAUUACUCCAGAGUUGAAAUGUUAUUACACUGCAUGCACAUCUGUUUAGCUCUCAAGUUGUUCCAUAUCGCUUUGUGUAGAUUAUUGCUUUGAAAUCUGCAUGAUCAGAUCUUGUAUCGGGGGUGGGUCCAUAAUUUGGUUUCUGUCUGUCGAAGUGAAUCAUUGGCUGACCAGCAUAUGGGAUAUUUUGGCCAUUUAAAAUGUGAUCUGCUCUCCCAGUAAAUGUCAAUUUGUAACUCUCUUAUCUUCCCAUAACCUUUGGUUGCACAUAUUCUUUGAUUCCACCUGUGACAGUCUCCGAGAAUAUUGAACCAUUGGGAAGAACCAUAAACGUCUACACAUUGAAUAUACUGCAGUGGUUUUUUUAAAUGUAAUGAGGUUGAGUGAUAAAGGACGCUCCUGUGAAUCGAAAAUUGCCUGUUCUGAAUUUUGUUAAAAACCAUAGUGUUCUGAAAUGCCCUCUGUUGUAUUUUGCUGAAAUAACCUCUCUCCCCAAUACAAUGUUUAUUUUCAAGGCAUCUUUAGAAAUUUCAAGGGCUGUUUCACCAGCUGCAUGCGGGCGGCAUGGUGAAGCAGCAGUGGAGUUGCUGUCUUGCAGCCCCAGAGACCCGGUUUUGAUGCUGACUACAGGUGCUGGCUGUGUGAUCCCGUGGGUUUUCUACGGGUGCUCUAGUUACUUCCCACAUUCCAAAGAUGUACGGGCUUUCUACGUUAAUUGACUUCUGUAAAAUUGUGUAUGGUUGGUCGGCACGCACUCAGUGGGCCAAAGGGCCUGUUUCCACACUGUAUCUCCAAACUAAACUAUCUCGGAUACCAGCGGGGGGGGGACCUUGGAAUUACAUAGUUUGCAUCGACCCAGUAAAGAUAGCACCAGUGGAAGCUUGUCUGAAUCUUAACCUCUUUCAGUCUUAUCACCCCACCCUCCGGGGGAAUAAUUAUUGUGGAAAUGAGGAAAAUGUGUUGGAAAUAACACAUUUUUGAUUGAAAGUUGAACUUCAAUGAUCAGCUGCCAUCUAACGUAUAACUUAAUAAAGGGGGGAAACGCAACAGAACAGAAUGCAAGUUUUAUGUGGAUAUUGUAGUAAUUUGUGACUGCAUUGUAACUGGGGUAGGUGUGUAUGUUGAAAGAUCAAUAUUUUCCCCUCAAAAUCAGGGUUGCAUCACCUGUAGUUUCAGAACUAAUAAAACUAAACAUGCCAUAUUGAUGUGUGUAGGAAGGAAUUGCAGAUGCUGGUUUAUACUGAAGAUAAACACAAAAUGCUGGAAUAACUCAGCGGGCCAGGCAGCAUCUCUGGAGGAAAGGAUUAGGUGACGUUUUGGGGUGGAAUCCUUCAGAGUGAAAUUACUCUGUAGAAGGGUUCCAACCUGAAACAUUACCUAUUCCUUCUACAGAGAUGCGGCCUGACCUGCUGAAUUACUCCACCAUUUUGGAUCUAUCUGCUAUAUUGUAAAUAUGCCUUCGUUUUUCGUUUUUUUUUUUUAAGAGGUCAAGUUCCUUAAGUGCAGUUUUAUUUCUGUGUAUUUCUCUUAUCAGCUGCCCUAAUAAAGCACAAGUGAGCAUUAAAGAUUUGUUUUUAAGGAAACGUUCAUAACUGCAAAGAGCAUGUCAUAACUUUAACAUGGUGGGGUUUUUUUGUAUGUUAAAUAUGUGAACAAAAAGGGAUGAUUCCUUGGAAUAGACUGGUGGGGCUGUACUGUUAAUAUUUUCCAUGAGACGCCAUUAUCUUCAUUAUAUUUGUCCUUUCUGGAGACCUUGCACUUCGUCCUAAUGAUACACAUAUAUCAAUUUGUCAUUUCUUGCAGCUGUGGUUUGGCCAACGUAAUGGAAUGUUGCACAUCUUACAUAUUUUUUCUCUGUUUUCACUUUGGGAUAUGAAGUUCUGAUUUUUUUUAAAUUUUUAAAUAUUUGAAGUAGGGAAGACCCCACAACACAUUUGUUCUUUGUUCUUUAUACACUGGUUUAAAGAUAUUUUUGAAACCACUCUUUGGAUGGUUGUAAUUGGUACAGACUGUCUUGCAUUGAUGUGUGUGUGUGUGUAUCUGUGUCUAUGCUGCAUAUAAUAACACUAAAUGCCAAAUGACAUUUCCUUUCCUCAAACUGGGAGAAUGUUCAAUGGGUUUUAUAAAUAAAGAUUUAUGAAAGGUA